CAGCUAUUAUCAAUCCUUGUUGACGGAAGUAACAAUUUCAUGAAAUGUAGAUUAAUUUAAAAUUAUGAAUUAAGAUGAAUUUGCUUUCUUUUCCCUGUUUUAUCAUAUUCAUUAGUAUAUGUCUGGACAACUGUAAUGCCUAUUUAAAAUGCUACAGCUGUGAGUCUACAAAUGACAAUCGAUGUGCAGAUUAUUUCCAGCUACAAACAUACGAUGCAUUGGAGUGUCAAGGAACAUGUAUAAAACGUCGUGGACGAAGGAGUGGGUCUGGAAUUGAAAUUACAAGAGCAUGUGUAAUACAGACAAGUGAGCGAUGUACGGAUACUACAUAUGAUGGUAUAUCUGUGACAGCAUGUACUUGUAACUCAGACUACUGUAACCAAGCAACAGAUGUACACCUCAAGUUUCCUGUUCUAUUUAUAGCUGUGAUAUCAACAUUUGUUUUUAAAUAUCUAUUAUAAUGUCAACUAUUUUGAUGCCAGUACUGAUAUUGGAAAAUAAUUUUAUUAAAAUCAAGUGUAAAUUUUGUCUUAGCUCAAAAACUUUUGGAAUAUAAAUUGUGUCCUACCAGUACAAUCACUGUAUUUUAUCACUGUUUAAAAAGUAUUUAUAUUUUGUAUUUUCUUAGGUUAAGCUUUAUAUAAUACUCUAUAUAUUUUAUGCACUUUUUUUUUUGUUGCUUUUUGUCACAUUUAUAUUACUUUUAGAUUUUUUAACUGUUUUUACUCUACAUUAAAAAAAAAUAUGACUAAAUGCCAUGCAUCAUCUAGAAAGUUACAGAAAAAUUUAAGUUCAUUUUCAGAAUAAACUCUGUUCCAUAAAAAUAUGAUAAAGAUCCAGAAUUGGAUAUCAUGAGGUCAUAUAAUUGUAUGAGUUAAAAGGGGCAUGACUUCAGUUUAAGUGCUUUGUUAAUAACAUGAAUGUGUAGACAUUUAGAUCGACCUAAAAAUAUGAAGACAUGAAGCCAUUCAAAAUGUAUACUAAUUCAUUCCAACUAUACUUAUGUUAUACAUGCAUGACAUGUAACUUUUUUGUAUGCAACAUAUAUACAUAUCACUAUGAAACAUUCCGGUAAUUGUGCCAUUAGUUGUUUAAAAAAAUUAUAAUUUAUUUCUCCAAAAUGUCUAUUUUAAUAUGUCUUUAAUAUAAAUGUACAUGUAUUUUUUUUAUAUUUCAAACUAUAUGUAUUGAUAUUCUUGCAAGAUAGAUUAUAAAUGUUAUUGUAAAAAUGAUGAUAUCAUUAAUAUAAUCAAACUUCCUCUGAAAAUGAAUAAGUAAUAAUUUUUUAAAGUCCUAAAUUUUUUUUUUUAUGGGAUAACAUAUGAGUCAUAAUAAGAUUUAUUUCACCAUUUAUUUAAAUAAUGAAAUAAUCAAAUUAUUCUUACUAUUUAUUUGUUAAAAUUAAAGAGGGAGACCUAUAUAUUUUUAUCAGCAGGGUAGAUCCAGGGUUGAGGACUGAGUUGAGUAAUUGUAAAGUUGCAGAGGAGAAUUUUAUUUUGAUGAUUUUUUUUGGUAAAAAAUGACGUUCUGAUCAAAAGGUGAACGUAUACUUUCUACAUUCUACAAUCCUCACCCCUGUUGUAUAACACAUGUAUAUUAGCUCUGUUUUCUUGGGAGAAAUUUAUCUUCCGCUCUGACCAUGCAUGCAAUUAAUCAUGUAAAUUUAGAUUUUUUUCUAAUCCAUGAAUUAACUAUAGCAUAUUAACUGAACUUAGAUUACAAUUCCUUGUGUAAAUUGUCAAAAGUUUUAUAUUUUGUUGUUAAGCCUAUUACAUUCUUGCCAAAAAUUUAACGGGAUGGGAUACAGUAGUUCUGUUCCAAAUGGAAAAAAAAGUUAUAUUGGUAUAAAAAUAAUUGAACUGGGAAGAAAUAACCUGAUCAUAUAUAUUUGAUUUCAAAACAUCAGAUAGAAAUUAUUUCUUAUGCAUUGUUCUUUGAAACUUUGUAAUGUUAAUUCUCAAUGGAAAAUUGCUAGGGAGUCAAAUCAAAAUUUAACAGACUUAUGACAUACGAGCAGACAAUCACAGAUGUUUUUCAUUUCUAUUUGAUUUCUAAUUUGACUGAGGGUUGUUAAAAAUAUAGUAUUUAAUGGUAUGAAUUGUAUAUGAGUGAAGGUUGUUAAAAAAAAUUAAUCUAAUAAUGAAUUCCAUAUGAGUGAAAAUUGGUAGCGAUGUAUAUUAAAUUGCAUUGCUUUUGAGUGAGUGUUGUUAGAAUUAUAUAAAAUGCACCUGUAGAAUUGCUUAUGAGCAAAGGUUGUUAGAAUUAUAUAGUAUAAAUUGGUAUGUAUUGCUUAUGAGUGCUGGUUGUUAGGAAUGUCUAUUGUAUAUAAAUUGGUUGUGAAUGUUAAUGUUUUUUCUACAAUUGUUAUCAGAAAAUCUUGCUGGUAGUUGAAUAAAAUCAAAUAAAAGAUAA